AUGCCUGUUUCAGAAAUAUAUAACACAAAGUUAAUAACAUAUAUGCCUGAGGAAAUAAUAGAAAGUAAAACUGUUUACGAUAUUCCAAUAGAUAUAGGAGACACACAGCUACGCAUGAACGGAAAAUGGAGUGAUGUUGAUGAUCACCCAGCAAAACCUGUAGUUCUCCCUGAGAAGUUUCAAAGAUUCAAAGGAACAAUGGCAAUACUGAAGAAUAUAUAUGUGAAUAGAAAUUCUGGAAUUUUAUUACCUGGAAAAUUCAUUGUUCCAACAAAUGAUAGUUGGUACUAUGAAACUAAAAGGCCAGACAGUGGUAGAGUUAUUGCCACAUAUGAUAAUUGCGUUUGUUUUGGACAUGGUUCAACAAGACUCUAUGGACACUGGAUGGUUGAUUAUCUAUCAAUGUUGAUGCUCUUGCCUAAGGAAGUUCUUAAGGCAUACAAGUUAAUUAAUGUUCCUGAUAUAAAAGGUGCACAUGAAACUCUCGAUUUUCUAAAUGUACCUAAAGAAAAUAGGAUUCCAUAUCCUCAGGGAUAUGAUUUGUACUUUUUAAGAAGGUGCUAUUAUAUGUAUGAUCCCCUUACAAUGACAAAUCAUUAUGGCUUGCCAUUACAAAGAAUAAGAGACUUCUUACACGAAAAAUUUCAACUUGAUGGAAUUGAAAAAACAAAAUACUGCUGUUAUCAAAGAAACGCUAGAAGAAAGAUUAUUAACUUCGAUGAAAUGUUUAAUACUCUUAAGAAAGAAUUCAAAGAAUAUAAAUGGGAGUGCAUUAAAGAUCAUCAGUCUUUAACUCAAUGUGCAAGGUAUUGGGCUGCUAUCAAAUUGAUCAUCAGCGGGAAUGGGUCGCACUAUUUCAGAUGUUUUUGUAUGAAUAAAGGUGCAGUUGCAGUUGAAGUUCACGGUGUAUUCCAUGAUUUAUCUUGCUUGGGUGCGAUUAUCAUGUGUGGAGUUCAUUGCAUUACUCUUAAGAACCCGGAAUUGACUCACCAUGUUUGGUGGGGCGGCGGCUCAUAUAAUAUGGAAAUCAAAAAGAUUGUAAAGACUGUAAAAUACUUAAAACCAUAUCUCUCUGGGGGUCAGUUCCCAAGUGGUCCAUUAGUUUUCUAA